UCACCAAAAAGGGCAAGGGUUGAAAAGAUUGUUGAUCCUGCCCCUCAGUUGGGCAGUUCGUCGACUCUGCUCUUAGAUGAUCCUAUGAUCAAGGAUCUUCUCCGCAUCGGGUCCCAAUUUAUUGGGUACCGUGAAUAUGCCGCCAGAGCCGAAGAAAAACUCUCAGAGGCCAACGAACGUGUCGACGCACUUGCUCAAAAACUCGAGCAAAGUGAGGCGGCUCGCAAGAAAGCUGAACUUGCUGCUAGCAAAGCCAAGGCCGAGGUUGAUGAAGCCAAGGUGAAAGCUGCUAGUGUCGAGGAACUGCAGAGAAGGCUCAAAGAUGCCGAAUCUGCCUUAGAUGAGCAGAAAACUGCACAAACUGUGCGUGAACAAGAGAUCAUCAAGCGUCUGAAGUCGCAAAGUCGACGUACGCUGACCCAAACAAACCAAGAUUUUGAUCUGGAGAAUCCCGUCAAUGACCCUCUCCUUGAUGCACUUUCUCUUCUGGAGUUCCAUGGGCGCGAAAUUCGUGAAGGCGUGGCCAAUGUCAAUGCGAGUUUGCUGAAGAUAGGAAGCAAGGCACGAGGACUAGCUGGUACACGAUGUUUUCUCUCUUCAGGUUACACUGUCUCAGCUAAAACUGCUGAAGGUUCUCAUCUCCUGACUGUGUCAAGAUCACUGCAGUCUCUUUCUCAAGGAAAAGAGACUGUUUGA